ACAAAGAAGGGACGCUAGAACGUGCCGCUUGGUUUCCGUGGUAACCUUUGAUUAUUGUCACCUGCUGAAGAUUUUACUGAACCAACUUGUUACCAAAGUACGGUAUUAUUACAUUUUAGGAGGCGCUAUGGGGCACACACUGAGCAGGGCGGCCCAGUGGACCAGCUGCUGCAAACUGGAGUCCACUCCACUGAACGAGAUUAUAGUGACGCAAAUCCUGAACUACGUGGAGAAUUUUGUUUCCAGGCACCCGCAGGAGGCAGAGCAUGUGUUUGAGGAGCCGCUUCAGUGGAACACCACGUUAGCGAAAUCUGAUUUCAAAGAAGACUAUAUCAUCAGUGCCAUAGGUGUAAAGUCCCUUGAUAAAGACAGUGAGGGGAAGCCACUGUUGCAGUUUUUUCCACCUUCUGUUUCUGUUCGUAACUUCAACCAGCUCUCUAAACUGCUGCAUAUGGCAGAGGACAGGAAGCGUCGAGAGGUCCAAGCGUGUCUAGAAGAAAAUAGAGACCUCGUAGCUAAGAUGGUUGGUCGGCGUCUUGCCGACACACCAGACGAAAACGUCUCAGCUCUGGAGUUAGAUAUCAGAGUCAAGCUAUUUAUCCUGCUCAAACACAUUGAUGAAAAGAUCCUCAACAAGUUUGCUUCAGAAAUAGCAAAACAUGCUACCCUUUUACCCAGCGCAGUGGAGGAGGAAGUGGAGUUCUUGAAAGAGUACUGCACUGAAGGGGGGAAGAGGCUGCUGAAGUCAGUGAGAUACACAUCAGACUAUGAAUUUCCAAACGGCUGUCGUGCUCCACCUUGGAGACAGCUGCUCGGUGAGAUUUGUUACGUUGUUAUUGAGCCAUGUGACGCUGAGCCCCUGUACAUCACCUGCAGCUCUACUGGAGUCUAUCUUAAUGCGGGGUUGGACAAAGAAGAAGACGAGAGUCUCUAUGAGAAACAAGGUGAUUCUUAUGAAGACAUAACAACUCUUCUAAAGAGGGUAUCUCCACAUUUUGAAGAGUACAUGAGAAAACAGUAUUUUGUAGAACAGAAACCUCGUAAGAGUAUUCACGUUGCACACCUGGAUUAUGAAAUAGAACAAGCCCAACCCAAGACGCCUGAAGAACGAGAGUGGGAGAAAGUACAGCAAGCUCUGUACGGCAGGAGGAAACGUGAACCAUGUCAUAGAUGGAGGAAUCUUGGUGUGCUGAAUAUGUGUAGUUCAGCAGAAGAAGAGGACAUCACCAUGAGCUUUGCAGAGAGGAAACGUUUGGGAUCCAAAACCAAGUCCAUGAUGAAGGGUGGAAUCACAGCAGCAUCUUCAAUUGGACUUACAGCUUCCCAGAGAAGGAGAAGCAUAGUAGCAUCCUUCUCAGAGGAGCAUUUCAGCGAGAGCUCCAGUGAAAGUGACGAGGAAGAGGAGCAGACAGAGCGACGUCCUGACACCAGCACUGAACUGCAGUCUGAAUACUGGCAGGUCCAGAAACUGGUGAAGUACCUCAAGGCAGCAGACCAGACAGCCACUGUGCUUGUUCUCUGUGCCAUGAUGGAACUUGAUCUAAUGAAGGAGGUCAUCCAACUGGCCAUCCUGGACCUAGGUGGACUGGACCUCCUCCUUAACUUGCUGGAUACUACAGACAUCAGAAGCAAAAUUGGAUCUUUAAAAAUCCUGUCAAAGAUCAGCCAGAACGUCAUCAUCCGACAGACCAUUGUAAACAUGAGAGGCCUGCAGAGGAUGGUGAACAACCUGGACUUACCAGUGAAGGAGCUGCAGGCCUUGGCCUCUGAGACCAUUGCCCAUGUGGCUAAGUUCAGAAGAGCAAGAAGAAUAGUGAGGACACAUGGAGGAAUCAGGAAACUGGUGAAGCUGCUGGACUGCUUCCCUUACGCAGCAAAACAGGGAGAAGUCAUUCAGAAGAAUUUGGAGGUGGCCCGCUGUGGAGCCUCGGCUCUGUGGAGCCUCAGCAAAAGUAGCAAGAACAAGGAGGCCAUUCGUAAAGCUGGGGGCAUCCCUCUGCUGGGACUGCUGCUCAGGUCUCCAUAUGAGGAAAUUUUGAUCCCUGUUGUGGGAACACUGCAGGAAUGUGCCUCACAGAAAAAUUACAGAGUUGCUAUUCAAAAUGAAGGGAUGGUGAAGGACUUGGUGAAAAACCUGAGCAGUGAAAACGAGGAGCUCCAGAUGCUUUGUGCCAGUGCAAUCUUUAAGUGUGCAGAAGACAAACUGACCCGGGAUCUGGUCCGCAGCCACCACGGCCUGCAGCCUCUGGUGUCACUGCUCUCUAAAGCAGAGAACAAGCAGCUCCUGGCUGCUGCCACCGGGGCCAUUUGGAAGUGUUCAAUCAGCAUGGAGAACGUAGCUAUCUUCCAGGAGUACAAAGCUCUGCAGGCCCUGAUUGGUCUGCUGACUGAUCAGCCUGAACAGGUCCUGAUCAAUGUAGUGGGAGCUCUGGGACAAUUUGCUCAGAUACAAGCUAACAAGUCCGCCAUCUGCAACGGUGGGGGCAUAAGGGCUCUCAUUAACCUGCUCAAUGGAACAAACCAGGCUCUGCUUGUAAAUGUAGCAAAGACUGUGGGAGCUUGUGCCACAGAAAGGGACAACGUGGCAAUCAUUGACCAGCUUGACGGAGUCCGCUUGGUGUGGUCACUGCUAAAGAACCCCAAUGCAGAAGUUCAGGCUAGUGCUGCAUGGGCCAUUUGUCCGUGCAUCGAGAAUGCAAAGGACGCCGGGGAAAUGGUUCUCUUCCUGAUCGGUGGACUGAAGCUGAUCAUUCACUUACUGAAGUCACCAAGCAACGAGGUGCUGACGAGCAUUUGCGCCGUCAUCGCCAAACUAGCCAAAGACAAGGAAAUCCUGGGCGUCCUCUCUGAUCGUGGGGUUGUCCCCCUGCUGGCCAAGCUGAGUAACACAAGUGAUGUCAGACUUCGCUGCCACCUGGCCGAGGCCAUCGGCCACUGCUGCAUGUGGGGCUCCAAUAGGGCAUGCUUUGGUGAACAUGGAGCCGUUGGCCCUCUGGUUCAGUACCUGGAGUCGAACGACAAUUUGCUCCUCCUUAACACAACCAUGGCCCUGUACCAACUGUCCAAAGAGCCCAACAACAUCAUCACCAUGCAUGAGGAAGGAGUUGUCGAGGAGAGACGCGGGGACAGUUUUCUUCCACGAACCUUUUGGAUUCGAGCGCAGCAGAGAAAUCUGCGGACCGAGCGGCCAAAGAUGAACACCGUUGUGUUUAACAAGCUGAGCAGUCAGGUCCUGUUUGAGGACAAGGCGAAGGAAGUGGAAAUGAGCAGCAGAAAUUACCUGGAGGUCAUCGACGGCCAACAUCCAGAUCUCCUCUGCAGCAGCCCGGCCAUCAGAGACAGCCAGGCGGCCAGACACAGGCGGAGCGGGGGUCGUCCCAGCGGCAGCAAAGUGCGACACAAGCGCCAGGCUCUGCAGGACAUGGCGCGGCCGCUCAAGCAGUGGCUCUACAAGCACAGAGACAACCCGUACCCGACCAAGACGGAGAAAAUCCUGCUGGCGCUCGGCUCGCAGAUGACUCUGGUCCAGGUGUCCAACUGGUUCGCCAACGCCAGGAGACGCCUGAAGAACACGGUGAGGCAGCCGGACCUGAGCUGGGCGCUGCGGAUCAAACUCUACAACAAAUACGUUCAGGGCAACGCCGAGAGGCUGAGCGUCAGCAGCGACGACAGCUGCUCCCAAGAUGGAGACAACCCUCAGAGGACACAGAGCGGUCCUGAGGAUCUCACCAAGCCCUUGUACCAGAGCGUCAUCAAGAAGGAGGGCUCCCCCAUGGUGGGCGUGGCCAUCGGCAUGGACCCAGGGCUGCGUUCUGCCGUGGAGGCCGAGGACUACGUGUCUCCACCCAAGUACAAGAGCAGCCUGCUGCACCGCUACCUGAACGACUCUCUGCGGCACGUCAUGGUGGCCAACGCUGUCAUGGACGCUCGCAAGAGGAACCACUCUGGCUCCUUCAGCUCCAACGAGUUCGAUGACGAGCUGCUGUCGCCAUCGUCCUCUGAAGCUGAGGCCCACUUCGUCUAUCGAGCCGAAGCCACAGACCAUGGAUCAAGUCAACAUGACAAGGGCAACGGUGGCGUCGCAGCGACGCAGAAGGUGAAGGUGAAGGCCAAAGAUGAGACGUACUGGAAGGAGAUCAACGCCGCCAUGGCCUUGACCAACUUGGCUCAGGGGAAGGACAGCGUCUCCGGGACAACCAGCUGCAUCAUCCAGAAGUCCUCCCAUAUAGCUGAGGUGAAGACUGUUAAAAAACCUUCGGCUGCUGCUGAGGUUUUAGCUCUGACGUUAUCCGUCUACGCAAAGCAGCAAACAUUCCUCGCUCAGCAAACAGAGGCCAAAUAAACUCACCCUGACAAAGGAACAACUUGUGCGGGAGGAAAAGAAAGGCGUUUCGAUUUGAAAACUGUCAGUAUUUGUUCUUAUUGACAAUGUCUACAAGAUUUCCUGACCUUCUUUUUCUUAAAAUUAGAAACUUUUAUAAUGUUAUUACUCUUUUUUUUAUUUCUAUUUUUACUGGUACAAAUUUUGUAUUCUCCAAAGUGCCUUUGUUUGUUUUAGCAGAUCAGCUCUCUGAUUGUCCAGAUCUACAACGAACAGAACCUGAUUGCUAUAAAGUAAAAGUCAGCAACAGUGAAGCUUCACUGUAACCUUGACUUUGCUCCUUAGACCAGGUGUUUAUAUGAACCACUAUAGCCUUAAGCAUAUUGUAUGUGAUUGUUGCCUGGAUAUGUCAACUGGUUCUGUUUUGGAUCAAAACUCCCCCUCCCCCUCUCAUUCUUCCAGUAUAAACAGGUUCUGUUCAUGUGGGUCAUAGUGGACAUAAGUUCAGAAGUAUCGCCGUCUUAGAUUUUCUGACGCUCAAACUGUUGCGAUCAGAGACCUCAAGAAAGAAUUGAGCUGCACCGUUUUGCAGUUUCUGGUGUUUGAAUGUUUCAAAGAGUUCCCGGUUGGGAAUGUGUUUUAACAAAGUGAUAAAGGAAAGUCAAACUAACGAGUGACAAAGUUACAUUAGUUCAUCUGGUGGUACAAUAUAAGAACCACGAUCUGUCUGUAUUAUUUUACGGCCAGCCAACAGAACCCUGUUAGGGUCGACAGUAAAUAAACCAGGGAGGAGGUGAAAUGAGGACAAACAAUGAGGCUCAUUCCAAUCAUUUUGUAAAUGAAAAGGUUCUGUAUCGAUGAACUGAAGUCAUCGUCUGUGAUCCUGAACAGAACUGAUGCUCUAACUGGGAGAACCUUGUUCCCCUGACAACAGAGGAGUCAUUAUGGAUAUUGUAGCAUCACACAGUAAAUCAGGAUACUUAGAGAUGAAACGGAAUCAAGACGACUUUGUUGUAUUUAUAUCAAAGCAAUGGAAGUUGUAACCAUCUGUUUUUAUUAUUUACUAAUAUAUUUGUUUAUUCAGAUGAAGACUGGAUGUUCAAUCCAAUGACCAUGUAUGUAUCUCCUUGUGUUCUCAGAUUUUUUUCUCGUGUAAAAUUUCUUCCAUAAAUGGUUGGUUCCUAACAACAAUGAAUAAACCUCUGAAUGGAA